CUGGGACUCUUCACCGUGCUCUACACGGUGCCAGCUGCCAGUGUGGUCGCCUGCCUCUUCUAUGAGCAGCACAACCGGCCCCGCUGGGAGGCCACGCACAACUGCCCCUGCCUGCGCGACCAGCAGCCUGAUCAGGCCCGCCGUCCGGACUAUGCUGUCUUCAUGCUCAAGUACUUCAUGUGCCUGGUGGUGGGCAUCACCUCCGGUGUCUGGGUCUGGUCUGGCAAGACCCUCGAGUCUUGGAGGGCCCUCUGCACCCGCUGCUGCUGGGCCAGCAAAGGUGCUGCCGUGGCUGGGGGCACAGGGGCAGGAGCAGGAGGGCAGGCGGCAAUUGCUGCAGCAGGAGGACUUGGGGCUGGAGGUGGUGGCUCCCUCUACAGCGAUGUCAGCACAGGCCUGACGUGGAGAUCGGGCACUGCCAGCUCUGUCUCCUACCCCAAGCAGAUGCCCCUGUCUCAAGUGUGAAGAGAAGGGGAAAGAGGCCAAAGGUUAUGGAAUGAGGGACACUGGCCUGCCUGAAAUGCCCCCUCACUGUUUGGUGCCAUUAAUGAACCCCUAAUGGUCCUUAUUAGCCACAGCUUGUAUAGAACAAUGCAGCUGGCAGAGGCCCCGGGCUCCAGCCCCCUCCUCCUUCCCCUCCAUUCAUAUGCAGGGAGCAUGUACUUCAAGGAGACAGCUUAUUAUUUUGCUGGCAGAGGAGGGUAGAGUCUCACCCGUGUCUUGCAGAGGGCAACAGCACAGCAGCUUCUGAUUCACUCUGGACUAAGAGCAGCUCAUGGGAGGGAGAGUCUCCCUCCACCCCAUCCUGAGGUGGGAGUCUGCUGGGACUGCAGGUUUUCGGGAUGUUGAUGACCAGGCAAAUGCCUUACAAUACAGACUGAAUCAAAACAUGUCUUAAUUAUACACCCCAGCUAAAUACGGGUUUCCUACAUUAAAGGAUGUAUUUAUAUAAUUAUUUGUUACCUUGUACAGAUAUGUAAGAUAUGUAUAUAUCCAAAGCUAUACAGUCUGUAAAUUUUUUUGUAAAAAAAGUUUAGAGGCUACCCCUGUAAGAGCAAAUAUGAGUAUUCUAUUUUGUCAAUAAAAUGACUUUUGAUAAAUGA